GCAUUGGGCAACUGUGAAAGUUUGGAAGACAUUGAGCUGGAUCAGAAUUUUUUUGUUGGCAGCAUUCCAGCAUCAUUAGGCAACAUACGCAGCUUGGAAGUACUCAAUAUGUCUCACAAUCAAUUAUCAGGAUCGAUACCAAAGUCUUUUGGUGGUCUGCAAUUUCUUGAGCAACUAGAUUUGUCAUUCAACCAUCUUGAGGGUGAAGUCCCAGAAAAUGGUAUAUUCAGGAACGCAACUGCUAUACAUAUCGAUGGAAAUAAGUGGUUUUGUGGUGGGCCAGAAGUGCUACACCUACCAGCAUGUUCUAUUACACAUACAAGUUCUACAACUAAGAAAAAAGGAUCGGUAAUGCUAAAAGUAAUGAUCCCAUUAGCCAGCACGGUGUCACUGGUUGCGGUCAUUGCAGUUCUCUCGCUAUUGUACAAGAAAAGACAAAAGAGAAAAUUUAUGACCGUCCCUUCUUUUGGUAGGAGUUUUCCCAAAGUUUCAUAUAAUGUUCUUGCCAGAGCGACUGAUGGGUUCUCGGCAUCCAAUUUAAUUGGCAGUGGAAAGUACAGUUCUGUAUACAAAGGUGAGUGUUUUCAAGAUGGAAAUGUGGUUGCUAUCAAAGUUUUCAGCCUGCACACAAGAGGGGCACAAAAGAGCUUCAUAGCAGAAUGCAAUGCUUUGAGAAAUUUGAGGCACCGCAAUCUAGUUCCUAUCCUUACUGCAUGCUCAAGUAUUGAUUCUGAAGGAAAUGAUUUCAAAGCUCUAAUAUACGAAUUCAUGCCAAGAGGGGACUUGCACAAAGUGCUAUAUUCAAAUGGAGAUGCAUUGGAGUAUCUCCACCAUAACAGCCAGGGGAGUAUGGUUCAUUGUGAUUUGAAGCCUAGCAACAUUCUUCUGGAUGAGAACAUGACGGCUCAUGUUGGAGACUUUGGACUUGCAAGGUUCAAAGUUGACCCAACAGCAUUAUCUGUUGGUGAUUCAAACUCAACCUCUUCAAUUGCAAUAAAAGGAACAAUUGGAUAUGUUGCGCCUGAAUAUGCAGGGGCUGGCGAACUGUCGACGGCAGCAGAUGUGUACAGCUUCGGAGUUGUUCUCCUCGAAUUAUUCAUCCGAAAGAGGCCAACGGAUGAUAUGUUCAAGGACGGACUGAGCAUUGUAAGUUUUACAGAGAUGAACUUCCCUGAUAGGGUAUUGGAGAUUGUUGAUUCCCAGCUGCUACAAGAAUUGAUCCUUGGUCAAGAAACUCAAACAGCCGUCAACGAAAAAGUUGUUCAGUGUCUGACUUCUGUGCUAUACAUUGGGCUGUGUUGCACAAAGACAUCCCCCAGUGAACGCAUCAGUAUGCAGGAGGUGGCUGCAAAGCUGCAUGGAGUCAAGGAUGCGUAUCUCAGGGGAAACUGAAGAAACAUUUCAGUAAUUUUAGUAAAACCUGAAUAAGAUGCUGAAGACUUAUCAACAAAACUCACACAGAAUGUUUCAACUUUCAAGCUUUGUAAGAUCCUCUCCUUGAUACGGAGACUCAAGGUUCUGCAGUACAUUAUUUAGUGUCAGUAGUUUAGUACUGCUGAUAAAAGAAUAGACCUCAGAUGUGUUUGCUAAUUUGCAUUUACAAAUGGUAUUUGGCCCAGUGCUUAUUCUGAA